UUAUUCGGUCGCGUUUUUUUUUGUUUUUAAAAGUGCAUGUCUAUUACAUAGUUUAAUAAUAAUGCUGAUUAUAUUUCCUUAUAAAAAUAAUAAAAAACCUAAACUAAUGAAUUCUAAUCUGUGAUAAGAAACUUAAGGAAUUCGCCAAGUUAUUGCGAAAAAAUGCUAAAGCACGUUUGUGUCUACCAAGCAUUAUAAUGUACAUGCAGACACAUAUACAUUCAUAACAUUUAUGUUCCGACGUUUGAAGUUUGGACUUUGUGAUGGUUUUUAGUACAAAUCAUAGUUGUGGAAAAGGAAAUUCUUAACCAUUGUUCUAUUAGUUGUUGACUAGCUUUGUUAAAUUGUUGUUAAAUUUAAAGCGAAAAAUCCACUGUAAUAUAAUGAGCGUUUUAUCAAAAUAUGUUGACCGUAUAGCAGAGACGUGCGAACAAAAUGGUCUCACUAAACACGCUUUUAGCUAUGCCUUGGUAACCGGUGCAAUAGUGGCUCUUACGAUUAAAGUGACUAUACCUUACGUGAUUCAAAAUUCUCACCAAAAGGCAAAAAUUAAAGUCAACAAGAAUGGCGCCCUUACACCAACGGAAACAGAUGGCGAUGGCUCUGAUGAAGAUUUAAAGCUGGCGGAAGCAGAAAAAUUACUAGUUGCACAGCAGCUAAAAAAAAAAACCAUUACCAUCGAGCCUGGACUAAACAAGGCGUUUUUAAAGCAGCUGGGAAUGCUGGUUAAGAUAAUGAUACCGCAAACUUUGUGCUAUGAAACUGGAUUGUUGAGCAUACACACAUUUUGCCUAAUUUCCCGAACUUUUCUUAGUAUCUAUGUAGCGGCACUGGAGGGGGCUCUUGUAAAAUUUAUUGUACGCAAGGAUAUUAAGCAGUUUGCUUUGGUUUUACUAAAAUGGUUUGGUAUCGCUAUACCAGCUACUUUCGUUAAUUCCAUGAUACGAUUUCUUGAGAGUAAAUUAGCUUUAGCGUUUAGAACCAGACUUGUGCGUCAUUCUUAUCGAUUAUAUUUUAAAAAUCAGAAUUACUAUCGAGUUUCCAAUUUGGACGGUCGUAUUGAAAAUGCAGAUCAUAGACUUACGGAGGAUAUAUCAGUGUUUGCCAGUUCUGUAGCUCAUUUGUACAGUAGCCUGACCAAGCCUUGCUUUGAUCUAAUGCUUAUUGGCUUAGCAUUAAUGAGGUCAUCAAGAAAAAUGAAAGCCAAUAUUUUAACAGGACCAGCUCUGUCGGUCAGCGUUAUUGCAUUAACAGCACACAUAUUACGUGUCGUUUCACCAAAGUUUGGCCAAUUGGUUUCGGAGGAAGCUAACCGGUAUGGAUAUCUAAGGCAUAUUCAUUCCCGGAUAAUCACCAAUGCUGAAGAAAUUGCUUUUUACGGAGGGCAUAAGGUUGAGAUGCAUCAGCUACGACAGGCCUACAAUCGUCUUGUUAACCAAAUGACUACAAUCUUUAAUCAAAAACUUUGGUUUAUAAUGCUCGAGCAAUUCUUUAUGAAAUAUGUUUGGUCCGGCACGGGUAUGAUUAUGGUAUCAUUGCCAAUUUUAACAGGGAGUAGCAGUUCUAGUGACGGACCCUUAACAGUUCGUGACAAUUCCUCCCAUGCAGAAUCGAAUGUCAGUGAACGCACACAAUAUUUAACAACAGCACGAAAUUUAUUAAUUUCCGCUGCCGAUGCCAUCGAGCGUUUAAUGUCAUCGUAUAAAGAAAUUGUUGCCCUUGCUGGGUACACAUAUCGCGUCGCCGGUAUGAUGGAUGUUUUCGAGGAAACGGCACAAGGUGUCUAUUGCAAAACGAGUGUAGUGCAAUCGGGCGAUUUAUCAAACGGAAUUAUCGAGUUUUGUAAUGGCAAACCAAUAGCAAAGGGUCGUAUAAUUUAUACGGAUGAUCCCAGAAAUAUGUCUAUAAGCCUCCGAGAAGUGCCAGUGGUGACACCAAACUGUGAUAUAGUAGUGCCAAAACUUACAUUAUGCAUCGAGCCCGGUAUUCAUUUGUUAAUAACUGGUCCAAAUGGUUGCGGUAAAUCUAGUUUAUUCAGAAUAUUAAGUGGACUUUGGCCGAUUUAUGCCGGAGAAUUGCACAUUCCCCGUCCUAUUGAAGAUGUUCCUUGUAUGUUUUAUAUUCCGCAACGUCCGUAUAUGUCCAUAGGAAGUUUAUGUGAUCAAAUUAUAUAUCCGGAUACGCGUGAUGAUAUGAAACGCAAGAAAAUAACGGAAGACGAACUAAGACAUAUUCUUAAAUUGGUCAGCCUUGAACACAUCGCCCAACGCGAUAGCUUUGACGUUGUACGUGAUUGGAAGGACAUAUUAUCGGGAGGAGAAAAACAACGUAUGGCGGUGGCUCGUCUAUUCUACCAUAAACCACGUUAUGCUCUGCUUGAUGAAUGCACGAGUGCUGUAUCGAUAGACGUUGAAAGUUCGAUUUAUGAAAUAGCCAAAGGAAUGGGCAUUACACUGCUGACAAUAACGCAUAGGCCGACUCUUUGGAAAUAUCACACGCAUAUUUUGGAGUUUGAUGGUCUGGGGAACUGGCAGUUUAGAAAAAUGAGUUCGAACGAGCAGCAAGCGGAAAAAUUCCAGCCUCAUCCAACUUCUUAAGAGUUUUUUUUAUUGUUUUAAAACUGUAUAACCAGAAUUUUACAAAAUAAAUAAAAAA